UCUCCCCCAGGUAAGGUGGAAGCUGCGGUGAUGGCUGCCAUUGAUGCUGGGUACCGCCACUUUGACUGUGCUUAUGUGUACCAGAAUGAGAAGGAAGUCGGGGAGGGGAUUCAGCAGAAAAUCAAGGAAGGUGUUGUGAAACGAGAGGACCUCUUCGUUGUCAGUAAGCUAUGGUGUACAUUUCAUGACAAACCUCUGGUGAAGGGAGCCUGCCAGAAGACUCUUGCUGACCUGAAACUGGAUUACCUGGAUCUUUACCUCAUGCACUGGCCUUUUGGUUUCAAGGCAGGAGAGGAGCUGUUUCCCACAGAUGACAAAGGCAUGUCAAUACCCAGCAACACUGAUAUUCUACAGACAUGGGAGGCCAUGGAAGAGCUGGUGGAUGCUGGUCUGGUAAAAGCCAUUGGAAUUUCCGACUUUAACCGUGAGCAGACUGAAAGAAUCUUGAACAAGCCGGGACUGAAGUACAAGCCUGCAAAUAACCAGAUCGAGUGUCAUCCAUACCUUUCCCAGGAGAAGCUUAUCAACUAUUGCCAAUCCAAAGGGAUCACUGUGACAGCAUACUGUCCCCUUGGACGCCCUGACAGGGCUAUGUCAGGGAAUCCUUCUCUUCUGGAUGACCCCAAGAUCAAAGAGAUUGCAGCCAAGCACAACAAAACCCCAGCACAGGUUCUCCUUCGCUUCCAGAUCCAGAGAAACGUGAUUGCGAUUCCCAAGUCUGUCACACCACAGCGCAUUGUGGAGAACUCCAAGGUGUUUGACUUUGAAUUGACUAAAGAGGAGAUGGCAACUCUUCUCAGCUUAAACAGAAACUGGAGGAUCUGUGAAAUGAUCAUGUGCAAAAAUCACAAGGAAUACCCUUUCAAUGCAGAAUACUGAAGAUAGUUUUAUCCUAACCUCCUGCAGGCCUCUGGGGUCUAAGCUUCUACUGUUCCCUGGAGUUAUCUACUAUGUAGCUUGCACACUCUCUCUCCUG